ACUUCAGCCUUUCAGCAUCGUAGAGCAAGAACCUUUCCGGGACUUUGUGUUUGACCUGGUGCCAAAUACCAAAAUAAUGUCAAGAAUCACACUCACAUCUAGGAUUGAUGAUGCUGCCAAACAAAUGAAGAUCAAAAUGAUUGAGGCCAUGAAAACUGUGGACCACAUCGCAACAACCACUGACUGCUGGUCAGCCAGGCGGCGUAGUUUCAUUGGGGUCACGGCCCACUGGCUGGACCCCGAAAGUUUAAAAAGGGUCUCUGUGGCCCUGGCCUGUAAAAGAUUAAGAGGCUCUCACACUUUUGACCUUCUGGCAAACGCACUUAAUGAUAUCCAUGCUGAUUUUGAAAUUUGGGGGAAGAUAGUCACAACAACCACAGACAAUGGCUCUAACUUCAUCAAAGCCUUCAAAGUCUUUGCUGAAGAUGAAAAUAACAAUGCUGGUGCUCAAGCUCAGGAGGAGGAGGAUGAAGAAGCAGACCAAGAUGAGGAGGAGGUAGAGUUUGUUGACGUAUCUUCACUUUUGGAUGAGGAUGAUGGUUUUGAGUUCCAGCUUCCAAAGCACCAGCAUUGUGCAUGCCACAUUCUUAACCUAAUAGCCAAUACCGAUGCCAGCAAGGCAGUGUCCAAUGACACGUACAAGAAAUUAUACUAUCCAACAUUUGGCAAGUGCAAUGCACUUUGGAAUAAGUGGUCAAGAUCCUCAAUAGCAGCUGAAACUGGAAGAUGCUUGCUCCCUCCAGCUUGUGCGACCAGUUGCAACAAGGUGGAACUCUGUGUUCAUGGCUGAGGAGAGACUGCUCAGGAUCAUCAAAGAGAAGGGAGAGGCAGCCAUGACAGUUGCCUGCACAGAUUUGAACGUUCCAAUGUUUAAUCCAGCUGAACUUGCAUUCCUGUCAGACUUCGCUGCUGUGAUGACUCCAGUCGCCCAAGCAACUAACAUCUUGAAAGCUGAAACCAAUGUCCAGAUGGGGUGGCUGCUCCCAACCGUCAAGCUCCUGAAAAUUAAGCUGGACAGGAUCAAGCUACCGCUAAAAUACUGCAAGCCCCUUGUCGAUGCUUUGCAGGUGGACAUUGAGGAUCGCUUUGGCCCUAUGAUGGAAGACCCAGAGCUGGUGGCCACUGCUAUUCUGCUUCCAAAAUUCCGGACAAAUUGGACACAGGAAGAUGAGACAAUCAAAAUAGGAAUGGACUAUAUCAAACAACACAUUGAAGACUUCUCGUUGCAGUCUGGUGAGGUCAACAGGUCGAGUUCAUCUGAUGAAAACGACUUUUUUUCUGGCAUGAGGGGUUCAAAGGCACAAGACGGCACCAAACAGCUAGAUGCGUACUUGUCCUGUUCAGCAGAUAACAUGGACUUGCUCAAGUCUUUUCCAGCUGUGUGCAAGAUGUCUGUUAGGUUAAACACACCCCUUCCAGCAUCAGCAGCCUGCGAGAGGCUUUUUAGUAUCGCAGGAUUAGUCUUUAGCCAAAGAAGAGCGAGACUGAAUGACUCCAAUUUUGAAAACCAACUACUUUUGAGAUUAAACAAAAGAUUUCUAACUCUCUAA